AGGGCUUCAAACUGAGGCUAAUUCAAACAGCCACGCCACAAGAAACACGGGUGUCUUGUAGCACACAAGCAUGCCGUAAAACUGGUGCCAAUUGCGAUUACUUUUUUAGUGUCUUCUCCACUCUUCUUCUAUCUUCCCACUGUACAGCUUAGACAGUUCAGUGAUCUAAACCACGAAAAACCCACCUACCAGGUACCAGCAUAUACUGUCACUCCCAUUUUUGUACCCAAAAAUAUAAAGAAGCAGAAAGGAGAGGGAAGCUUUUUGGAAGAUAAUGCUUGCAUCUGUAGCUGAACCAGAAGCAGAGGAUGAGGAGCUCAACCUGAAUCUCCUGUUCAAUGGCAAACUCUAAGUUUAUCUUCUUCUUCUUCCUCCUCCUCCUCCUUGUUGCCAUUUCAUCUGGAGCUCGCCAAGAUAACGUGCCAUUUGUGGGUUUUAACAUUGGUACUGACGUUUCGAAUCUGCUUUCGCCGUCCGACCUCGUCGCCUUUCUUCAACUUCAGAAGAUAACCCAUGUUCGGCUGUACGAUGCCGACCCCGACACCCUCAAAGCUUUGGCUAGAACUAAUAUUCGGGUCGUUGUCGGCGUACCCAACAACCAGCUCCUCGCAAUCGGAUCUUCCAACACCACUGCCAUCUCCUGGAUCAAGCGAAACAUCGUCGCUUACUACCCCGCUACUCUCGUCACCGGAAUUUCCGUCGGCGACGAGGUCCUGACUACCAUACCCUCUUCGGCCCCCAUUCUUCUUCCCGCGAUUCAGUCCCUCUAUGAUGCCCUCGUCGCUUCGAAUCUCCAUAACCAGAUCACGAUUUCCACCCCUCACGCUGCUUCGAUCAUUUUGGAUCCUUUUCCUCCGUCGCAAGCUUUCUUCAAUCAAAGCCUCGUCUCUGUUAUCCUUCCUCUGCUUCAGUUUCUUUCCAAGACCGGCUCGCCAUUGAUGAUGAAUUUGUACCCUUACUAUGUGUUUAUGCAGAACAGAAAGGUGGUUCCUCUGGACAAUUCAUUGUUUAAACCGUUGACGCCAUCCAAGGAAAUGGUCGACCCCAAUACUCUGCUUCACUAUACCAAUGUUCUAGACGCCAUGAUUGACGCUGCUUAUUUCUCCAUGAAGAAUUUGAAUGUCACAGACGUGGUGGUUUUGGUCACAGAAACAGGGUGGCCUUCAAAGGGUGAUUCCAAAGAACCUUACGCUACAAAAGACAACGCAGACACCUACAAUUCCAACCUAAUCAAGCAUGUUUAUGAUCGUAGUGGGACCCCUUUACACCCAGAAACGACUUCAAGUGUGUAUAUAUACGAAUUGUUCAACGAAGAUUUGAGGUCUCCACCGUUGUCGGAGGCGAAUUGGGGCUUGUUUUACGGUAACACUACGCCGGCUUAUCUGCUUCAUGUGUCGGGAAUUGGGUCUUUUCUGGCGAACGAUACGACGAACCAGACAUACUGUGUAGCCAUGGAUGGGGUUGAUUCGAAGACAUUGCAGGCGGCUCUGGAUUGGGCGUGUGGACCUGGAAGAGCAAAUUGCUCGGAGAUACAACCUGGGGAAGCCUGUUAUUAUCCAAAUAAUGUGAAGAAUCAUGCUUCUUACGCGUUUGAUAGCUAUUAUCAGAAUCAAGGCAAGGCUGCUGGGUCCUGUGACUUCAAAGGAGUCGCCAUGAUCACAACCACUAACCCCGGUCACGGGAGCUGUCUAUUUCCAGGAAGUAAAACUUUGACGAACAAGACAAAGCAAGUGGUGAACUCUACACAGUUGAGCAGUGGAGGAAAUAGGUUAAGAAGCUUUAGGAGUAUCAGAUUAAGUGCUAUUAAACAAGGCUUGCACAUUUUCUUGGUUUUUGUACUUCCCACUUUCUUCUUAUUAUUCCUUUUGUAAUGUGCCAAUCAGAGCGCCAAAUAAUUCAAUUUCUUUUUUAGGGCUAGAGUUAUUGAGAGUAAUAAUUUUUGUAGGCCGAAACAUAGAUUUUCCUGGGGGUUUGGAGAGUAGGGUCAGUAAUAUAUAUGUUGUUGGGUUUUAUUUAAUUACCAUGUGGAUUUCUCUUAUAGCAUACCAUGUAACAUGAGACACGGACAAUAAUACGAAGGGCAGAUUAACUUUCGGUUUA